CUUGUUCCCUAGGAGUGCUGCGAGUUCUUUGUCAUCUGCAUGCCUUCACCUCACCGUGUGCUCCUCCCCUGCUGCGAGUCUCCUGUGUGUGUCCCGCUCACCUCCCUGUCCAGGGCCCAUCUGCUCGUCUCCCUGUCCAGGGCCCAGUGCGCGCUAGCGUUUGGAUAAGCCCUUUGCGUCGCUCGUGCGUUGUAGGGCCCCUUGUUUUGCAAUGGGCAGGCGUGGAAGGAUGGCAGAGUGAGACUGGAAGGCAGGAACAGCAGAGGGAGCUGGGCUCCCCGUCUCCUGCCUUCCCCUCUAAUGCAGUAAGGAAAGCGGAUCAGACCAGGAAGAAGUGGAGUGUCGGUGGGCUGCUGUGGAGGAAGGCCUUAGGAGAAGAUGACUGUGUUCUUUAAAACACUUCGAAAUCAUUGGAAGAAAACUACAGCUGGGCUGUGCCUGCUCACGUGGGGAGGCCACUGGCUCUAUGGAAAACACUGCGAUAACCUGCUGAGGAGAGCAGCCUGUCAGGAAGCUCAGGUGUUUGGCAAUCAACUCAUUCCUCCCAACGCACAAGUGAAGAAGGCGACGGUCUUUCUCAAUCCUGCAGCUUGCAAAGGCAAAGCCAGGACUCUAUUUGAGAAAAAUGCCGCCCCGAUUUUGCAUUUAUCUGGCAUGGACGUGACCGUCGUCAAGACAGAUUACGAGGGACAAGCCAAGAAACUCCUGGAGCUGAUGGAAAGUACAGAUGUCAUCAUUGUCGCUGGAGGAGAUGGGACCCUGCAGGAGGUGGUUACUGGACUUCUUCGAAGAGCAGACGAGGCGACCUUCAGUAAGAUCCCCAUUGGAUUCAUCCCACUGGGGCAGACCAGCAGUUUGAGUCCCACCCUCUUUGCCAAGAGUGGAAACAAAGUCCAACAUAUCACAGAUGCCACGCUUGCAAUUGUGAAAGGAGAGACAGUCCCACUUGAUGUGUUACAAAUCAAGGGUGAAAAGGAACAGCCUGUGUUUGCAAUGACUGGCCUGCGCUGGGGAUCCUUCAGAGAUGCCGCUGUGAAAGUUAGCAAUUACUCUGUGUUCGAUCCACAACCUCAGAUUUCAGGAGCUCACCAAGAGGAAUUGUUUAGCAUUCCCGGAAAAGUCUGGUACUGGUACCUCGGACCUUUAAAAAUCAAAGCAGCCCACUUUCUGAGCACUCUUAAGGAGUGGCCUCAAACGCAUCAAGCCUGCAUCUCGUACACGGGUCCGACAGAGAGACCACCCAGUGAGCCAGAAGGGGCCCCUCCCCGGCCGUCUUUGUUCAGGAGAAUAUUGCGAAGGCUCGCGUCAUACUGGGCACCACCUCAGGAUGCCCUCUCCCAAGAGGUGAGCCUGCACGACUGGAAGGAAGUACAGCUGUCCACCAUUGAACUGUCCAUCACCACACGGAACAGUCAGCUCGACCUGACGAGCAAGGACGACUUCAUGAACAUCUGUGUGGAGCCAGACACGGUCAGCAAAGGAGACUUCAUAAGCAUAGGAAGCAAAAAGGUGAGAGACCCCAGGCUGCAUGCGGACGGCACCGAGUGUCUCCAGGCCAGCCAGUGCACCCUGCAUCUGCCGGAGGGCACAGGAGGUUCUUUCAGCAUCGACAGCGAGGAGUACGAAGCCAUGCGUGUGGAGGUCAAGCUGCUCCCCAGGAAACUGCAGUUCUUCUGCGAUCCCAGGAGGAGAGAGGAGAUGCUGCAGCGGGCAGCUCAGUGAGCAGCCAGGGCGGGGGUGCCCCGAGAUGCCGCGGCGGAUCCCCAGGGCCUGUUCAUGGCAAGUACCCCUGCGCUCCUGCUUCUGCCUUGCUGUGACCAGCGAUCCGUCCUCGAUGCUGGUUUUCCCUAGUCUGCCUCCAAGUGGACGGAGAGGGCUAGAACUUUCUUCCCAAAGCACAGCCGCCGUAGAGUAAGUCCUCAGUGUGCUGUCUGCCCAUCCCAGGAAUCCCAGGGGCAGUGCCUGCCUUCUCCGACUACCGGUUCCCGUUUCUAGGCUCUUCCAUGGUGUUGCUACCGUGGGGCUAUUCAGUCUUGUUCCAGUUCUGUCCUCAAUCCAAAAACAAUUGUGAGGCCAUGUCCCUAGUCAGCCAGCGCUAAAAUACUGUAGAAGGCGAGUUGUUGUUUUAAGCUGUGCUUUAACUGUUGGUCUGCAUGUUGAAAACAGACUUGGGCCUCACUCCCAGGCUGAGCUAUUAGGCUUGAGGUGGGCCCCAGGAAUCUGCUUUGCCACGCUUGCCGGUGACUGUGACAGUGUCCCCCACCUGUCAUGGGAGAAUGUAGCCAGAAGCGGUGGUCACCGCCUAUUCCACUCCCAUCUCCUCCGAAGUAUUUUGAAAAAUCAUGUAUCCCCUCACACAUCCCAGUCGACAUCUGGAGUUUUUCAUGGGAAGUUGCCCAAGUCUGUACUUCCUGGUGUCAUGUAAAUAUUGGUAUUUUAAAAUAAAAGCUGUUACAUCACUCUUUUAAACAUACUCAGUGUAAUUUAAAUUUCACAGCAAUUAUUUAUAAAUGAACUAGUUCCUUAGUAGCUGCAAUUUUUAAAUUGGUUUUUCUCCUGGUGUGUGUGAAUUUUAUCAUAAUGUGAUCGCUUCUGACUGCUCACCCCAGCUACUUGUCAACAAAAAACAACAAUAAGCUUUUCAGUUCUUAACUCACUCCCAAGGCUGUAAUAACUGUUGGUUUAUAACGGAUGAAAAAUUUUCAAAGCUAAAAAUGAACAUUAGGAUAUUCCCUAACCAAGAAUACACAGUGAUUCCUAGCGGAGAUGAAGUGCAAUAUCAGUUAUAUUCCUGGCUUCAUUGUCACAUGUCCGACUUCGCACACUAAAAAUCAGUGCUCCACCACACAGAGCACUAGAACCCGCCGGUCCUUACCAUCUGAUGCCAGCACGGACUCUGUCCUUUGUGGAGGGCCUCGCGCCACGUGGAGGAGAUGUGGCCCUUUCUUUCUGGAAGGGGAGAAGCAGGGAAGCAGAACAGGUUCAUUUUCAAACAGCUCAAGUUUAAGGCAGUGUAUGUGAUAUGUAGGUACCUCCAAAAACAAUUUUGAAAGCCAUGUGUAGUUUUUCCACAGUAGACAUUUUUCACCUGAAAACUCUGCACUAAAACAGUUCUCAUUUUUUUUUCUGUGAAGACCAUUGCAAGAAGUUCCUGAAUGAUGAUCAGAAAAAAAUAAGGCUUCCUUAUCUGGUAUUGUAAGAAAGGAAAUCCCGACCCAUGGGAGGGAGAGGGGGGCAUCUGCAGUAGCCGUGAAGAGGGCUUCAGGCUCCAGCUUCCUGCCCAGGUGCACCCUGGGAGGCUCUGGGUCCUUGCCACCCACUGGCUCUAUCCCAGCCCUGAGCAGGCGUCCAGGACGUGAACCAGCAUCUGGGUGAUCACUGUGCUCGAGCAGAGGGUCCUGUGCGGGGGCUCCAGUCACAGCGGUGUGCUUGACCGGGGCCAUCCACUUCGAGUGUGAACGUGCUGUUUUCUUGAUCCAGAUCAUUUCCUGUGAGCACUCGGCUUCUCUCUCGGUCUCUGGAUCCGUGUCUGCGAAAGCCCGACUGCUGAGCUGUCUGAAGGAGAACCUAGUGCCCCGCCUUCUGUUUCGUGCAAAUCAUCUCAGCUUUGAGUGAAAUUUCUAUCUUCUUUUCUUCACCCCAUGGCUGAUUUGCAUGCAAAGUUAUAAUUAGUGAGUGUCCAUGCCUUACACUUGCGGCUAACCCUCAGGCCCCACCACCGGAAGCAAAGGCCCAGAGUAGGAAGGUGACUUUGAACAAGGUCACCUGAUCCCAGAGCCACCACCGUCAGCCAUCUGGAAACCCCCCAGAAGGUUAAAGAUAGAAGCUUAGUGUAUAAUCUGUCCACACAGGUACCUGCUCGUCCAUACGUUUUACCAAAGGUCAGUGUGGGGUACUCUGAGCCACACCAGGGAGCUUCUAGAGUGCGCAACCCUGCCUCUUCUGGACGGUGCCGGUACCUGCUGACUGUCCAGACCCUGGCCGCCUCCGUCGCCAGCACGGUCCGUGGGCAGCCCCGCCGGGAGUAAACCGCGUUUCCUGGACCAGGUGAAGGACUGCAGCACACAGAUUCGUGUUAAAAUGCACUUUAAUUGUAAAAAUCGUUUUGUGUAAGUACAGUUCUACAUCUACCUGUCUGCACACAAUGACUCAUUUACAUACACAGAUGUGAUGCACACGGCCUCCGUACCACAGGACAGACCCAACCUUAGCUUUAGGAUUGACGCUGGCUUUCAUUAGGCCUUUCCAGUGACCACCACAAAACAGCCGUGUGCAGGGUUUCAGGGCAGAAUUUAGAACUGUCUUGCUCAUUUUGUAAUAUGAGGUAAACA